AGCUGAGAGCAAAUGGCGUCUGUAGAGGAAGGCGUUUGUGUGUGUGGCUCUGAAAAUUAUGACUGAAACGUUGAUUUCUACUCAUUAAAGGCAUUAUUUCGUAAAAAUCACGUGAAUGCCUGCAUAAUUGUUCCGUACUCGUGACGAGGCAACUACAAGAUGAAUGAAGUCAGCGGGAAACAAGACCUUGCAAGCUCUUCAACUUGGGACAGUAUAGUACAGGGUACACCCAUUCAACAUCAGCACCAUGAGACUGUGCCAGUGUUGGUCCCGACACCUAUUAAGAUCACCCCACCGGUGGCACUGGACUCUUCACUGGCUCAUCCUUUACCAUCUCCUCAGAUGCCGCAGACUCCACACGGUGUUCCUGCCUCCGUGUACAUGGAGCACGAUUUGCCUCCAGAGCUGUUGCAGCAGGGCUGGAGGAAAUUCUGGAGCAAGCGAGAGAACCGACCUUACUUCUGGAACAAGCUAACGGGGGAGUCUCUCUGGGAAAUGCCUGUCUUGAAGCCUCAGUUUGACCCAAUAACAGACCCGCUGGGGAUCUGCAACCCUCCGCCGCUGGGGAUCUGCAACCCUCAGCCUGUCGUGAACGGACCGCCUGUGCCGGUGCCCCUGAAGAGGAGAGCUUCGGAGGAAGCGGCCGGCAGCCCCGUGCUCAAGAAGUUCAUCUUGGCGGGACCGUGGGACCUCGAGAUACAGACCAACGUCAUCCUUUACGAACGACCGCCGAUGAUGACGCCCCACCCUCACACGGAAAUAGAGGCCUACAGGUGCACCCUGGCUUCGAAGCUCAGGCAGUGUUAUCAAGAGCUUUGUCAUUCUCGUGAAGCAAUCGACGCCCCCAAGGAGUCGUUCAACCGAUGGCUGAUGGAGAGGAAAGUGAUCGACAUGGGCAGCGACCCGUUACUCCCGAGCAACUGCUACCCCGAGAUAUCCAUGUCCAUGUACAGGGAGAUCAUGAACGACAUCCCGAUGAAGCUGGUGAGGCCCAAGUACGUCGGCGACGCGAGGAAGCAGCUCUCCAAGUAUGCUGAGGCAGCCAAGAAGAUGAUCGAGUCUCGAAAUGCGUCGCCAGAAAGUCGGAAGGUGGUGAAAUGGAAUGUGGAAGAUACAUUUCAGUGGCUGAGGAGGACGAUGGGUAGUACCUACGAUGACUUUCAGGAUAGGCUGGCCCAUCUGAAACGUCAAUGCCAGCCCCAUCUAAUGGAAACUGUAAAGGCGUCUGUGGAAGGAAUAUGUUUGAAAAUUUAUCACUUGUCCGCUGACUAUGCAAAAAAAGUGAAGGAAAAGCAUUCUGAAUUAUUAAAAGAGCAAGGCGUAGCAGACGUGCUCCUGCCGCAAGUGACCCACCAGCGCAAGGUGUGGUGCUACCCCGCACAGUUCGCCAUGCCGGCCUGCCCCAGGCUGCUGCUGCCGGUGGAGUACCACGUGGAGCGCGACCAGUCCCUGCUGAGGUUCCACGGGGACACCAUGUACAUCAACACCACCCACCUGCAGAAACUGGAGCAGCUGUACAGGUACAGCUGCUUCGACGACAAGAAGUUUGAGUUCUUCCUGCAUCGCGUGUGGUGCAUGCUGAAGCGCUACAGCACCUUCUGCGGGGGCGGCGCCACGGAGGGGCAGGGCACCCAGGGCUCCCUGCCCGUGACGGUGUUCGAGUGCCUGAACCGCUCCUUCGGCGUCACCUUCGAGUGCUUCGCGUCGCCCCUCAACUGCUACUUCCGGCAGUACUGCUCCGCGUUCCCCGACACGGACUGCUACUUCGGUUCCCGGGGGCCGAUACUGGAGUUCAAGCCCUUGAGCGGGUCUUUCGAAGCCAACCCUCCGUUUUGCGAGGAGCUGAUGGAAACGAUGGUGGACCACUUUGAGCGCCUGCUGUCCGACUCCUCCGAGCCCUUGUCGUUCAUCGUGUUCAUCCCCGAGUGGCGGGACCCGGCACCCAACGCGCUGCAGAAGCUGGAGGCGAGCCACUUCAAGAGGAAGCAGGUGGUGGUCACGGCGUUCGAGCACGAGUACCGCCACGGUUUCCAGCACGUUGUUUCCAAGAGCGACCUGAACGUGCGCUCGGCCCACGGCACGCUGGUGGUGUGGCUGCAGAACAGCGCGGGCUACCAGCGCUGGGGCCCCAACGAGGAGCGUGUGGAGGCGCUGCUCGAGGCGUUCCGGCCGGGCCGCGAGCGCGAGCGCGACCGGCAGGAGCUGCUGUCGCCGCAGAGGAACAACCCGGGGGACGCCGGCGUCCCCGACCCCCAGACUCCCCCCGAGAAGGUACCCCUGGCGAGCGUCCCGGCGCCCGUCCCCGCCGGGCCCCCCGUGUGAGCCGCCAACCUGUACUCUACCCUGAACCAAACAAGCAUUGAUCUCGUGACGUUUUACCUCCGUGUUUGUAUCGACGUAGCUCAUGGUUUUAUAUUGUUUUAGAUUUUUUUUUUACUGUAAAUAGAAUUUGUACUUUUUAAGCAUUCAUGUUUUGUACAAAGUGUAAGUCGAAAUAGAUUUUUAGAGGAGAAAAAAAAUAUUCAUGUGACACAUCAGCUGGAAAUGAUUCUAACGUCACAUUGUACAGAUAGAAAAAAAUUUAUAAUGAAAACUUGCCAUAUGUUUGUCACACUGCAAUGUGUGUGUUUUUGUAUAAUUUAUGAAAGUUGUUUGCUUUCAUCACGUCAAUAUUAAUUUUUACUGUUACUCUCAUAAGAGUAACAUUGUGAGUUGCAGUUAAUUUUUUUAUACUUUUUCAACUCUUUUGUCAGGUCUUAUAAUUUAGCUAAGAAGUUUAUGACUGAUCAUACAAGGCUAACUGUUGUUUAGCAGAAGAGUUGCAUGUGGUAGCUAAUAAUUAUCUCCAAUUUAUUUUUUUUAACGGUUUUCAUUAGGAUUACAACGUGUGUUCAGUUUCCAUUCUGUUUUAAUAAAUGAUUAGUGUGAUUAUAUUAUCCUUAUAGUGCAGCAUGUUCACUAUGAGUUGAUGGCUUAUAAUGUGUAUAAAAAAUAUUUUUAUGAUAUUUGUAAUGUGUAAAUGUUGAUGAGGAAGAGACUAUUUUGCUUAUUUGAGCACAUUAGAACUGUUACCUGUACCUGACAUCUAAAAGAUGAGUUUUGUAUGUGUAUUCAAAGUGCAAGGAAUGUACAUAUUUUUUGCUGCAGCUGUAGAAAUGUAAGUAUAUGUAGGUACUCUUGUAGUGUAAUAUUACCAGAUUUUGAAACAUGUACAGCUUUUUUUAAAUGUUGUUGAGCUCUGUAGAGAUUAAGCCUGUCUCAGUUAGGUUGGUCAAUUUUAAUAGUUUUUAAUCAUUAAUAUUUCUUAAUAGUAAUAAGAAAACAGCAGCCAACCAUGGCAUGGUGAAGUUGAUUGGGUUGUCAGUUUACAGUCCUUGAAGUAGGUCCCAGGUUUUAAUCGUGAGCAAUGUGUGGUAGUAAGUCCCGUGAGCUCUGAUUUGUCGGAACAAGUUCCACUUGAGUUCUCACGAAUUAUCUUCUAAAAUUUUGAAUUAAUUAUAUUUUCACUGUAAUAUAACCAUGUAUAGAUGCUGAAAUAUUGACUAGCACUGUUUCUACCCCACAAAUGAUAUUAAUAUUAAUACCUAAAUUUUAUCAACGUAUUUUAUGGAUUCACAUAACAUAGCAAUGUACAACUAGAUUUUCAAACAAAUUAUUCACUGUAUAAAACACUUUAAACAAAUAUUGUAUGUUGGUUCGAAAACAUGAAAAUUUUUAAUUUUGGUGGGUUUCAAUGUUCAGUGUCUCAGUAAUUAACUUAAAAUAAAAAUGUUUUUUGUGGUCGCUAAAUCUUCAGAUAGACAUUGAGCACAAACGUACGCACAUAAAAUCUACUAAUGGCCAAUAACUUUGCAGGCAAUGUCAUUAAUUGCUACAGAAUCUGAAAUUGUGUGUAUGAACAAAAUAUAAUUGUCACUAUAACUGAGACAGGCAGGCCAGGGGUUAGGAUCACUUUCUACAGCAAUAUACAUAUGUAUGCAAAGUUACGGCUUUAUAGGAAUCCCAGCAGAGAAUAGAGUACACACUGUUUAUUUUUUUGUGUGUUUAUCUAAAACUGUUACUACUUGCUGUGGAAUAAUUUAUAGCUUGUCUUUUCUCAGUUGGAGCACUGUGGCUCCUUAAACAACACACUUUAUGGAACACGAUAUUGGUCUUGGUGUUCGUAAAAUACAUAAUUACAGUAAUUGCAAUGCCUAUCAUCCAUCAUGCCAAUUACAGGAUCAAACCCCGCAUGUCUCAUUAACUGCACACAAUUUAUCCAACUUUCUUUAUUGAGUGUUGUGUGAAAGUCAUCGUGAAACCACCCCUCUCAAUUUUUUUCUCAAUGUAGAGCUGUUGUGUAUUUCUGAAAGACAUUUUUUUUUUUCCCAUAAAUGAUUUCUUCUUAGAUCUUUUUUAAUGAAGUUUAUUUUUUGUGUGCAUGUUUUUAUUUAAAUUUAUAUUGUGUUUGGACAGUAAUCAUGUGUUGUAGAUAUUGUUAGAAAAUGUCCAUAGAGUUUUCUGUGCAUAUUUUAUACUGUACAUAAUACAGAUACUUAUAAACAUGAGUUCUAAUGUACAAAAUUUUAUAUUUGAUGGCGACAAAGUAAAAUUUUACAUUUUGAACUUGUUGAUACAUUGAUUUUAUUUUAUGUAAUUUUUAACAUCUGUUCAAGAAAUAAUAAUUGUAUUUUAUUUAUAAUUUUGAAUAGUAUUGUACUGCUAAACAUAUGAUUUGGUCGUAAUGUUAAAGUAUUAGGUAUUUCACUUUUUUUUUUAAAAAAAUCAGUGAAUUCUAUUUAAAGGAGAAAUUGCUAUGUUAAGUUAUUUUGGUUUCUUUAUUUGUAAGGAAAUGAUCAUGUAAAUGCAUUUUUUUUUUACCAUUGCUAAUCAUAUGAAAUAGCAAAGUAGCCACUACAUGUCUGUGGCCUGUUAAUUUUUUAAGUCAUGUGCAGCUUUUGAAGGUUGAAGCUUUUAUUUAGCAUUACUUUUCUGAUAAUGGUAUUUAACUAUUUAUUAAUACUUUGUUAGUUCAACUGUAAUGUGUCAGUCACAUUAUGGUGAGUGCACCUGAGUUACGUAGGACACAUAGCACCUGUAGAUUGUUUUUAAGUAACAGAGAGGGAGAGAAACCCAUUUUAGAAGUACAUGCUUGUUUAUCAAAGAAAGGAACAUUAAAAUCAAAUAUCCUCCCUA